GGCUAUGUUAAUUAACUGGAAAGCACUAUGUAGGAUAUGUCAAAUCCUAGGCUACAAUAUCUUAGUGUCUUAAGGAAUUUACAUUUUAUUCUCAGUAAAACACUAACAUUUCUUUGAUAAAAUGGGAGACGUCAGUGAGGAGACGCUAUUGAACUACAUUUAUUCUUUAGGUGGCAAAGUUAGAAAUGCAGAUAUAUUGAAAAAAUACAAACCCUUCAUAAGCCAUAACGACUUACAACUGCGCGCCAAAUACAGAGAGGAGUUCAAAGCCAUCAUUGACCGAAUUGCAGUGGUGAAGUCAGAGAAUGGGGAGAAAUACCUGGUUUUGAAGAAGCGCUACCGACAGCAGUUGCAGGACAGAGACAGAAGUGAUCAGACGUUGCCAGCUUGCACAUCUCUCCUAUCUGAGGGAGCUGGGUCAUCACCUAUUCCUCACUCUCAGGACGACCAGCACAGCCUGGCCACAGAUGUGGACGGCAACUGCUCAGAAUCGGAGGAGAGGGAGAAAGGGGGAUCUAGAACAGUAGUCUGGGACGGACCAACUAUUACCAUCACAGAGUCUCUGAGUCGGCUUGCUGAUCAGCAGGAUGUAAAAGCAGACUCUGAUGUUUUGAGUUUGAGAGAGGUCUCCACACUGAGCUCAGAGGACACCCCAGAACCCACUGAUGCAGAAGAUGAGGUUGAGAAAGAGUCUAAGUCAGACCAUGAGUUGAACCAAGAGGAGGAAUGUGCGGGUGACUCUGUGGCGCUGGAUCCUGUAGAGAAGGACUGGCUCUACUCAGCAGCCUGCGCCCAGCUCUCCCACCUGACACAACUGCUGGAGCAGGAGCCUGCACUGGCAAAUAAAAAGGACUUCACAUCUGGGUUUACAGCUCUGCAUUGGGCAGCUAAGCAUGGCAAAGAAGACAUGACCAGAGCUAUGGCUAAUGCCGGAGCUGACAUCAAUUCCAGAGCUCAUGGGGGAUACACACCUCUUCACAUCGCUGCCCUGCAUGGCCAUCGACACGUAAUGGAUUUGCUCGUAGGAACCUAUGGGGCAAAGGACAACCUGCGUGACUACAGUGGACAUUUUGCUUACUAUUACAUCAGCCCCAGAGACCCAGCGGAAGAGGACUCUGAGCUACACGGCCCAGAGUAUCAUGCAGUCCAGGUGAGUGAGCGCAAGAACAGGAAGUUGGCGUCAUUAUUCCACUCAAAGAAGAAGUGGGGUUCAGCAGAAGAGCUCGCCGCUAUUCCUGAAGAGAGGAACACAUCCCAUCAGCUCAUGGUCCCAGCAUUCCGGCCCAGGAAGUUCUCCCGCUAACAAAGCAGCAUCAACUGUCCGCAUCACACAUCAAGACCCCAGCACACAGACUUAUUCUCACACAACAACAGAUAACAAUCGCCCAGGAAGUUCUCCCGCUAACAAAGCAGCAUCAACUGUCCGCAUAACACAUCAAGACCCCAGCACACAGACUUAUUCUCACACAACAACAGAUAACAAUCGCCUCAUACAUACACAGAGAAUGUUUUGUUUUGCUUACACAACACAGAUUUAUUUACCAUUAGUAUACCUGUUACCUUUAAACAUGAAUGCACUUACAAAGCAUUAUGAGUUUGUUGUAUAAGCCCUGCACAACUGUUAUUAUGGAAGCUUGUAUAGAACCACAAAUGUCUUCAUCAAAAGCAUGUGAUAAAUUAACAACAUUUAAAAUGUAAUUUUGGAGGUAAAAAAUGUAUUACACAUUAUGAGACUUCAUAAGGGCUUAUACGAAAACAUUUAUACAUUAUAAGAUUUUUACGUACAGUCAUGGCUAGGUAUUAAUAGUUGGUUAAAUAGUAAAAUUAUCUCAAUCAUUAUUUCAAUUUUCAGCAUAUUUAUUUAAGCAGAUAAAUCCCAUUGAGAUUGAAUUUAUUUUUUUAGAGAAACCGGAGAGAACAUACAAAAUGACAUCAUAAUAAUCUCUUGCAGAUUGUCUAUUACAACACAAAUUGAAUAGCACGUGCCAGCGAGAAAAAUAAAUAAAUAAAUAAAUCGUAAGAAUAUA